UUGGCCAACAACCUCCCUGGAUUCGCCUUGAUUUCUCUCCCGUCGGUCCUCCUGGGUUCUGGUGGUUCAGCUGGAUCUGUUGCCUCGUUGGCCUCGUCAGUUUCAUCCAACCCUCAAGGUUCUUGUCUCCUCGACCCGAGUCUGUGGAGGCAACUAUUUCGCCUCUUAACCAGCCUAGAAACUGGAGAUCCCAUGGCCCGCUCGUUUAUCCGAGGCUUUUCCCCUGAGUGUGAACAGUGAACACAUCCCAGUCAGCAACUCAUCUAUAGGUGGGCUGAUGAUUGCCUGAUAGCCUGAGCGCCUUGAAAGCCUUUGGGGUUUGGUCGUUCUUCCUCCUGUCCUUCCUUCUCUUCUGCCUUCUCUUCCGCCCUCCUCUGACCGGUCUGUGGCUUGCUUUCGUCAUCAACAUGAUGGCGCCUUGUUGGUUGGCCUGAGGCGUGGGCCUCAAACCACAAGUGAUCCCCAGGGCUAUCUGUACCUAUAUCUGUCCGUUUAUUCACCCGUUUCUCCUUCUGGCCCGAGUCAGUUGCCUUCGCCCUCCGUCCGUCCAAGAGAAAGAGACUCUUGUCGCCCAUCAAGCCAUCCCUGAUCCGUUGUCUGUCUGAGAUGGUCAUAACCGGUGAAUAAUAAUAACCCGCCUCCACUACCACCGUCACCGUCUUGUUACCCGAGUCUUUCCGCUACGUUGUGUGUCGGGUCAAUAAGCUUACCAUCUAAAGAGCAUGAGUGGGUGGGGAUUGCGGUUGUGGUGGUGGUUGGGCACCAGCCUAGCCGUGGCCCGGGCAUUUUACGUGCCGGGUGUGGCACCCACGGAUUAUGACCGGGGCCAAUCGAUCGAGGUGCGGGCCAUCAAGAUGACCUCGACCCACACCCAAUUGCCGUACGAGUAUUAUUCUCUGCCUUUUUGCCCCCCGCCUUCCGGUCAGAUUCAGUACAAAUCCGAGAAUUUGGGCGAGAUUUUGCGCGGAGAUCGGAUUGUGAACACGGCUUAUUCCGUCCAGAUGGCUCACGACGUGGAAUGUGCCCUGGUUUGCGGCCAACAGGGUACGCCUCAAUCCUGGGAUGCCCAACAGAGUAGUGCCGUUUGGUCCAAGGUGGAUCAGGAGUAUUUCAUCCAUUUGAUCAUCGACAACUUGCCGGUGGCCACCCAAUUUCAGAUGCCCGACACGCUUGAGAUGCAAUACGAGCCCGGUUUCCGAUUGGGCUACAAGUUGCAGGAUCAGCGGCUCAUCAACAACCAUCUCAAGUUCAUCUUGUCUUACCACAAGAACCAGGAUGAUCCGGCCAACGUCUUCUACCGCGUGGUGGGUUUCCGGGUGGAAACCGCGUCGGUGGCCGUGGAUGGCUACGAGUUCCCAGAAUCGGGCCAGCAGCGCUGCCAAAUCAAAGACGGGCAUCAGGGGCAGAGCGUGUCCAAACAUGAUUCCACCCGCUUGUACUUUAGCUAUUCGGUUCAUUGGCAAGAGUCAGACAUCAAGUGGGCCUCGCGUUGGGACAUCUACUUGAACAUGGCCGACGUGCAGAUCCAUUGGUUCUCGAUCGUCAACUCGGUGGUGGUGGUGUUCUUCCUUUCAGGCAUCAUUACCAUGAUUAUCAUCCGGACCCUACGACGGGACAUUGCCCGUUAUAACACGGACGAGGACCUAGAAGAGAGCAUCGAAGAGACCGGGUGGAAGCUCGUGCACGGUGACGUGUUCCGUCCACCCACCCACAACCGCAUGUUUGCCGCCAUUAUCGGCUCCGGCAUCCAGAUCUUCUGCAUGAUGUUCGUCACCAUCUUCUUCGCCAUGUUGGGCAUGCUCUCGCCGGCCUCGCGUGGCGCCCUCUUGACGGCCUCGAUUUUCUUGUACGAGUUUAUGGGCUUGGUGGGCGGAUACUACGCCGGCCGACUAUACAAGACCAUGAAGGGCAAGGAGUGGAAACGGGCCGCGUUCCUCACGGCCACCUUGUAUCCAGGCAUCGUCUUCACUUUGGGUCUGUUCAUCAACUUCUUCAUCUGGGGCAAGCACUCCUCUGGCGCCAUCCCGUUCACCACUAUGCUGUCCAUGGGCUUCAUGUGGUUCUGCAUCUCCUUGCCUCUGGUUUACGUGGGCUACUUCUUUGGCUACCGCAAGCAACCCUACGACACGCCCGUGCGGACCAAUCAGAUUCCGCGACAAGUGCCCGAGCAGAUCUGGUACAUGCAUCCGUUCUUGUGCACGCUGAUGGCGGGCGUGCUGCCUUUUGGCGCGUGCUUCAUUGAGCUGUUCUUCAUCUUCUCGGCCAUCUACGAGAAUCAGUUCUACUAUCUGUUCGGGUUCCUCUUUUUGGUGUUUAUCAUUCUGGUGAUCUCGUGCUCCCAGAUCAGCAUUGUCAUGGUGUAUUUCCAGUUGUGCUCGGAGAACUAUCAUUGGUGGUGGCGAAGUUUCGUGGUCUCGGGUGGAUCGGCUGUGUAUGUGUUCGCCUAUAGCAUUUUCUAUUUCUACACCAAGCUGGACAUUGACGAAUUCGUGCCCACACUGCUAUACUUCACCUACACGAUCAUUAUGGUGGUGACUUUCUGGUUGUUGACGGGCACGAUUGGAUUCUAUGCGGCGUUCUUCUUCAUCCGAAAGAUAUAUGGGGCCGUUAAAAUCGAUUAAAUCAAAGGUCAGUCGUUGGCCCCAUCCAACUAGAGUAAAGAACUAUAUAAGAAUGAUCAGAGAAGUACUGUACCACUACACCGUGAACGACUUCCAUACCAAAAGGAUAAGUGACUGUUGGCGGCACGAGGCAAAUAUGAAUAUCAGUCAGUUUUGCCGAUUUUUUCCCGUUUUAGUGUUUUUGUUGCUGUCUUGAUUGUUUUCUCCUUUCUCCCAAAGCACCUGCGACCUUCAUCAAUCUCCACUCUUUACCCAUUGCACAUUGGGCCAAUGAUAAUGAAAAAGCCAUUGGCAAUCUUGAAGGUCCUACAGAAUUGUGAUAUUAUUCCGUAAGAAUGUUCAGAAAGCACUUCGAACCUUUCAAAGAUUAGUGUGGUCACGUUAGCUUUUUUUGAACGUUGUGCUAGUUGGUUCGCUGUUCGAUUAUUUGCCCCCCUGAUGCCCUCUCAUCACCACAUACACCCUCUCUACCGUCUCUAGAAUGAUGAUUGAUCCGUUGGAAGAAAAUAUAAUAAUACGUUUCUGUA